AUGACCUCCCACUGGAGCGACCCGUCGCUGGCCACGGACGGCGGCGGCGUGGCGCCAGCCACCGCUCGCCGCCACUCGCUCCUCACGCCGGCCGACCUGGAGUGCCCCGCCGCUGCUCGGCCCGCCGACUUCGUCUCGCUCAUCCGGGAGCAGUUCUACACCAACUGCUGGGAGGCCGAGUUCAUGUGCGCGUGCGACGUCAGCAAGGUGUUCCCGCCGUCACUGCAGCAGCUCAACGACGCUCAGGUGAACGUGAUGCACGUGCCGGCCACGAGUAAGAACGCCGCCGACGAGAAGGUGAAGCAGAGCCUGCGCCGCUUCUCUGAUCAGUACCCAGCGCCGGCUACCGUGCUGCUGAUCACAGGCGACAUGAACUUCGCUCCCGAUCUCACCUUCCUGAAGCACAGGAAGAAGCACAGGGUCAUUCUGAUCCACAACCGGCAGGCGCGGCCGGCGCUGCUCAACUGCGCCGACGAGCGGCAUCAGUUCGACGACCUGCUGGCGCGCCUGCCCGACGUCCGACAGCAGGAGAGCCGCGGCGGGGACCGACUGUGCUGCCACCUGCGGCUGACCGGCCUGCCGUCUGGCGGCGCCGGCCGCAAGUCCAAGGUGGUCAACGAGAUCCAGAAGCUCGUGUACAACUGCGGCGGCCGCGUGGAGCGCGUCAACCUGACGGCCGGCGACGCCAUCAUUGUUUUUUCCGUCGCCUGGCAACGCCGCCAGCGUACGAGCUACGUUUUUGUGCCGGCCUGGUUCGGCGGUGGGUGGGCGCGCCGUUACCGACAGACAUACCCGCGUGUCCUGGUGCGGGUGCGCCGCUGGGCCAAGCACCGACUACACCACGUGGUCAUCUGCGGGUCUCAGACGUUCGUGCAGUUCCACUACAAGACCGGCCAACGGUCCCGGCCCAGCCGGCUCUCCUCCAGCGGCGAGGUCGCCAUGGUGCAGGAGAGCGGGCCGCUCUCGGCCGAGGGGCGGCCGCCGGCCACCGGGCCGCCACUGUGGUCCCCGGCGCCGCGCACGCGCAGCAGCUCCGUGUCGACGCAGACGUCGCCGGAGCCGGGCGGCGGCUCGCCUGCCGUGGGCGGGCCGGGCGGCCUGGACGGGCCCGUCGAGCUGACCGUGACCAACCUGGACGCCAGCCGCCACCCGCGCGACGCCGAGAAGGUCCUCUACGACCUGGCCAUCCGCCACGCCAAGGUGGAGAGCGUGUUGGUGUACUGCCAGUCGGACGGCUCGCUGGUGGGCACCAUCUCGGUGCCGACGCUGUACGACUCGCAGGCGCUGAUCGCUGAGAUGCACCGCGCCGUGGUGGGCACCAAGCGCAUCAUGCUGGCGUACGCCCGCACCGACCGUCCCGACCCGUACAAGAUACGGACGCAGGUGAUUCGGCUGCUGAACGACGUGCCAUCGGGCCAGCUGCCGCUGGUGAAGUUCAUGGAGCUGUACGAGCAGCGCUUCCACAACACCGUCUCCAUCGCCGACCUGUUCAGGAUGCGCGAGACUGUGACGGUGGUGGACAGCAGCAGCGGACGCGUUAUCCAGCUGAACCCGAUGCUGAAGACCCAGGACCACGGCUGCGGCGUCCGACCGCCGGCCGCCUCGGCGUGCGCGCGCCACCCGCCUCAGCGCGGCGCCACCGUCGGCUGGGCGGAGCUCGACGACCCCAGCGUGCUGCCCAACAGCGACGUGGCACUGGAGGAGCUGGAGCGCGUGGUGCGCCAUCUUCUGGAGACGCACGACGGCCUGCUGCAUCUCUCCAGCCUGCUGGACUGUUACGCGGCCGAGUUCCACGACCCGGCGCUGGCGCGGCUGCGGCUGGACCCGGCCGCCGUCUGCCUGGAGCACCUCAUCACCUGCCUGGCCGACGUGCGCGUGGUGACGCGCGGCCAGGACAAGCUGGUGGUCUGGGCACGUGACUCGCCCGAGGACGAGCCGGCCCCGGUGAACCCCAGCCUGCAGCAGAAGGUGGUGCUGUUCUCGCGCGAGGUGGUGGACUUGCUGCGCGCGGCGCCGCGGGCCCGCAUGCCCUUCAACAGGUUCAUCCCAGCGUACCACCAUCACUUCGGUCGGCAGUGCCGCGUCUCCGACUACGGGUUCACCAGGCUGGCCGACCUGUUCGACGUGUUGCCGCAGAUCGUGCAGGUGCUGGUGCUGGGCUGCGGUCACCGUCGCGUCAUCACGCUGACGCCGCGCGCCCAGGAGCGCCGCUUCCUCUCGGACCUGCUGCGCGUGCUGAAGGCGGCAGCACUCGAAGCAGCUUGGCCGUGA